UUAGAGGCUUAUAUGAACCAUCCCGUACAUGCUUCUUCCCGAGCAAUAAGAGCUUCCUCUGUAGCAUCGUCAGCAAUGGCUUCCCUUCUACCACCAUCGUCUAUUCUCUCUAAUUCUUCGUCUCCAUCUUCGUCUCCCUCUUCUCGUCUCCCUCUCCUCUCCUCGGCCUCGAGAACCCUCCGCCUUCGCCUCAAUCGCCGCCGCGAGUUUAGGCGGGGGCAAACGCGUCUCGGUCGCGCGGCGGCGUUGGAUGAAUCCCCCGUCCUCGAUCCCCCGCCCAAUUUCCAAGAUACGGAUUCGGAGAUCGUGACCUCUUUGAAGUUUAAGUUGUUGAGUGCUGUUUCUGGGCUGAACAGAGGCCUCGCAGCCAGUGAAGAAGAUCUAAGAAGAGCAGAAUCCGCAGCGAAGGAGAUCGAGGCUGUUGGAGGUGCUGUAGAUCUCACCAAGGACUUAGACAAACUUCAAGGAAGGUGGAAACUUAUUUAUAGCAGUGCUUUCUCCUCCCGCACUCUUGGUGGAAGCCGACCCGGACCACCUAUCGGUCGGCUGCUUCCUAUAACUCUUGGACAGGUUUUUCAGAGGAUUGAUGUUGUUAGUAAAGAUUUUGAUAAUAUAGUUGAGCUUCAGUUUGGCACUCCGUGGCCACUUCCGCCUGCGGAAGCGACAGCUACAUUAGCCCAUAAGUUUGAACUGAUAGGGGCUUCGAAGAUAAAGAUAACAUUUCAGAAAACUACAGUUAAGCCUACAGGGAGCUUCUCACAAUUGCCACCGCUCGAAAUUCCCAGGCUUCCAGAUGUUCUCAGGUCUCCUUCCAACACCGGAAGUGGCGAAUUUGAAGUGACAUAUCUUGAUUCCGACACUCGCAUAACUCGGGGAGAUAGAGGGGAAUUGAGGGUGUUUGUUAUCUCAUGAACCCUGAAAACCCUCAGUGCAAUUAUACACUUGGCUAUCCUUUUCUACUG